CAAACUCAGUCCACGCUAACCCUUCGACCGGAGAGUGCGCGCGGUGGGACCACGUUCCCAUUCGACUUAGGAUUAUUUCGACAUUCCGACUCUCGACUCCACUACGCCCCCCCGCCCCCCUGCAUCCCUCCAUAAAGGUCAAGGUCACUGGGGGUAUCACGUGACCUCUGACCUCUGACCCUCACUGUAAACACAUCGUAAGGUGUGACAUGUGUACACGAUGCCACAUAAGCUGCAGUUCCACAUCGCUCAUGUCACCAGCGAAGGGGAGAGCGGAAGGGCGCGGGAUUUGUUGCAGCAAGGCCCGGGCGCUCGAGGUUGGGUAUCCGCGCCGUUUUGCACCUAUCCCCAGCAAGUCAUUAUAAGGCUGCAGGAACGUUCACACCUCUCCAAACUGCAGCUGCUCGCCCACCAACACCUCAUCCCUGAGCGCAUCGAUCUGUACAUAGGAGACGUCGAAGAGGAUAAGGACGUUGCACUACACAACGCCUCCUUCACGCUCCUGGGACAUCUAAAGCUAUCCGAUAACACACACUCCAAGUACAAGGCGAGGGAGUUGAAAUCCGUCACUCUCUCCUGUACGGGAAUAUACCUGAAGUUGACUCUGCAUAAGAACCAUGUGAAUAGACUCAAUCUAUAUAACCAGGUCGGUUUGGUGGGGGUCAACGUACUGGGGAAUGAAGUGGAGGAUAACAACAACAGCGUGUCCCCUGAUGGCGAAGGGGGGCAGGUACCAGGGGGUCAGAAGGGGGGUGAUGUUCCCCUGUACCACGAUCUCGCCUUCUCAAUGUAUGUCGAUGCCCAAGUAGCGGAGACCAUCAAAGUGUUAGAGGAGAGGAAGGCGGUGGCGUUAGCAGAAAAGAGAGACCAGUACGCUACCAGGCUCAGCGCCGCGGUGACUCAGCUAAGGACGGCUGGAGAAAGACUGGGAAAAUAUGAGAUAGAGAAGCGGCACGCCAUAGAUACUGAACAUUAUACGAGGGCGAAGGAGAAGAAGGAGCAGGCGGAGAGGUACAGAGAGGAGGUGUAUCGAGACUUGAACAUCGAGGAGCUACUGGAGCCAAAAGGGAAACUGGCUACAAACGACACUGGUGCCAACUCCACCCCGCACCCCUCGACCCUCCCCCCUCCCUACCACCCCCGCCCCUCCUCCCCCAGCCCCGACACCCCUCCCAGCCCCCCGACACAUCUACCCCCCGCCAGGUACCCCCACACCCCUCCGCGCCCCCCUCCCUCCCCCCCUCGGUCCCCCUCCCCUCCACCUCUCCGCCCCCCCACACAACCCCUUCCACAAGUUGGGGGAGGGGGGGGAGCGAUGACCCCUCGACCUCCCCCUUCGCCUCGGCACACCUACAACUCCUACGAUGAAAGGACUCUACCAGCGCUCAAACACCGGGACGUGGACGAGCGGGGGGAAGACGACCCCUCCUCCCCCCUCCACGCCCCCCGCCGCCCCCCAGCGCUCAGUGAGGGGGACAGGAACGACGCGGCGCUUCCCAUUGAUGUUUUCGGCAGUGAGCUGGUGGAGAAAGUGUACAGCAAGAACUACUCAGAGAAGGAGGCGGGACUGUCCCAUCUCCACCAGCUCCUCAUGAACUACACACCUGAGGACACCGGAGUGCGCCCAGACAGGUUCGUGCGCGCGGCUGUGGUGGUGGUGCGUCGCGGGCUGCGGGAUAAGGUUUUCAGCGUGGGCCAGCGCGCCGCUCACACCCUCACGCACAUCAUCACAUCCUUCGUUAGCGAGCACAGGGUCACCCGGAAGGAGGUUGCAGGGAUAUUGGAUAAGGUUCUGCCCGACCUGCUGGCGAAGAUGGCUGACAACGCCCCCAGGACCCAGCAGUUGGCGAGCAGCACGGUGCUGACGCUGCUGCAGUACUCGCUGGAGAGGGGCGUGGGUAGUGUGGGCGUGGAGGUGACCCGCCCACUUACCAACAGCGUCCACCCACGGGCCGCCCUCUGCCGCGCCACGCUAAUGGAGAAGGAAUUGCAAGCGUUAGGCGUGGAGGAGCUGCCGAGGGAGAAGGAGAGCGGGUUCUCCGUCAAACAGGUGGUCGAGUUCUCCCAUUCCGCAUUUCGACACCAGAACAGUGAAGUGAGGAAGGUUGGGGAACGCCUCCUCCUCCUUCUCCACCCCCAUCACGCCCCCGCCGUCAGAAGGGUACUCCCGCCCCCCGACGAUGUGCAGAGACGGAGCGUUCACUAUAGAAACCUAAUGGACCAGCUGGAUGCCAUUGAUGAGAAGCGGGAGGCACCCCCCCCACCGUCAGGGGUAGGGAGGGGGGGCGCCACUCCCCCCCACAAGGCAAGCCCCCCCUCAACCUCUACCACCCCCCCCAGUCAGAGCAGAACAGACCACCACAACCACCACCACCACUACCACCACCAGGCACCACCAUCACCACCACAACCAUCACCACCACCACCACCACCACACCACCUAGGGGCAAUGGGUGGAGGGGGUGGAUUGGGGGGCUUUGGGGGCGCAGCGAGGGGGGGCGGGGCACCUCUCGUCUGCGUGACCCCCGAGGAGGUGGUUGAGGUGCGUGGGCGCGCGCUCUCUCGUCUCAAUGGGUCGUGUGUGGAUUUGACCUCUGACCUUGAAAGUCUGACCUCGCCCGGUGACCCUGAUGAUAGAACGUGUAUAUUCUGUGGCGUAUACGAUGAGGCUUUCACGGACGAGGGCGGGCUGGAUCUACACUACUGGCGGGCGUGUCCCAUGUUGACCAGGUGUGCAAAUUGUCGCCAGGUGGUGGAAGUGGCGUCCCUCACACACCACUUGCUGGGUGAGUGCAGCGCCUCCACCCAGUACCGCAGGUGUGAGAGGUGUUCUGAAGCCAUCGCCAAGAAGGUGUUCCAGACUCACGCCCUCGCCAAAACCUGCACGCCGUCUCGGCCGGAGCCCCUGGCGAACCACUGCCCUCUGUGUCACGAGAACAUACCCCCGUGGGAGGAUGGCUGGAGGGGACACCUACUCCCAGGACCAGACGCAUGCCUCGCCAGCCCCCGCGCGUGGCCGGGUGUCAAGAAGUCCCAGGGGGCGUCCACAGGCUCAGGGGGCGUGGGGGGACGGAAACCAGGGGGCGCGGCGACCCCUGGGACUCCCCGGAGAAGUGUUUCCAAGAGGAGGUAGAGAGAGAGAGAAAGAAGGGGGGGAUGAGAGAGAGAGAGAGAGAGAGAGAGAGAGAGAGAGAGAGAGAGAGAGAGAGAGAGAGAGAGAGAGAGAGAGAGAGAGAGAGAGAGAGAGA